AUGCCCGCCAAUGGAUCAACUCAGUCUCCUCCGGCGCCAUCCGUCCCGAUGCCGCCGCAAAAGGACACAGAACGAACAGGGAGUCUCUCAGAAGAGAUCAUCAACGGCGCCAACGGGCCUCCCGAACGCCCGUCCACCGCAACGAGGAAUGGCAACCCGGCCUCGCUCGAUCAGGGAGCAAAAAGUGACCGGGACCGAGAGCCCCGGUCGCACGGGGAGCAGUUGAAGCCAACGUCAACAAGCGCUGCCGCGGCUGGCGAGCAUCUGGAGCAAAUCUGGGAGUGGAAUAGCACAGCGCCGACAUCAGUGGAGCGACGCGUUGGUGAUUUGAUCGACGCAAGAGUUCAAGCACAACCCCGUGCCCCUGCUGUCUGUGCCUGGGACGGAAAGCUUACCUACGGCGAGCUUGACGACCUCGCUGCCAAGCUAGCGUCUAGACUUUGCCUCCUGGGGGUCGGACCGGAUGUCCUCGUGCCGUUAUGUCUUGAAAAGUCCAUGUGGACGACGGUGGCAGUACUCGGAGUCAUCAAAGCCGGAGGCGCCUUUGUUCUGCUGGAUCCAUCCCUGCCCGAACAGCGCCUGCAGGUCAUUCUCGAUCAACUCCAAGCCAGCGUCAUGAUAUCCUCGUCCUCCAACGGCGAGAUGAGUUCGCGACUAGCACGGGAAGCGAUAGUCCUCAGCUGGGACCUCUUCACCGAAACCGGGCCUGUCAGUACUGACCAGCCUGCGCAACAAGAAAUCCGCCGACGACCCAGCCCGUCGUCUCUUCUCUAUGCCGUUUUCACGUCUGGAAGCACCGGCAUGCCAAAGGGGGUGUUGAUCACCAACGCAAAUGCCGCUUCUGCUCUGCACCACCAAGCAGAGUGUAUGGGGAUGAGUAGGGAUGCGAGGAUAUUCGACUUUGCGUCGUACAGCUUCGAUGUUUCCGUCAGCAAUGUGCUCUCUGCCUUGACGACGGGUGGAUGCCUGUGUGUUCCGAGCGACGAGGAUCGCAAGGACAACCUGGAGCGGAGCAUAGCGUCACUAGAGGCAAAUAUACUUGAUAUCACGCCAUCCAUGGCCCAGGUGCUGUCACCCGAGAGGAUACCCUCGGUCAAGACUGUGAUUUUCGGGGGCGAGGCCUUGCAUCCUUCUGAUGUCAGACGAUGGUGGGGGAAGGUCAACGUCAUUCACAUAUACGGUCCUUGCGAAUGUACACCGACAAGCACAAUCAACUACAACAUGAGGAGCCCGGACGAGGCGGCGCAUAUUGGAAAGGGCGUGGGACUCGUGACGUGGAUCGUCGAUCCGGAUGAUGACAACACACUGCUCCCCCCAGGAUGCACUGGCGAACUGCUCCUGGAAGGCCCGCUCGUUGGACGAGGUUAUCUGAAUGAUGACGCCAAAACUGCGGCCGCCUUUAUAAAAGACCCCGAGUGGCUGCUCCGCGGGUCCUCGACCAGGCCUGGGCGGCAUGGUAGGCUCUACAAGACGGGUGACUUGGUGCAAUACACGAGCGACGGAUGCUUGAGAUUUGUUGGUCGGAAGCAAGCUGCCCAGGUCAAGAUCCGGGGCCAGCGACUCGAACUCGGGGAGAUUGAGCACACGCUUCGCAACCACGCCAUGGUGGACGAGGCUGUUGCCGCUUUGCAACACGAGGACGGCCAGGAGUCUCGCAUCGUCAGCUUCGUGACUGUGCGUGAUGUUGACGCUGCAGUCGACCUGCCGAGCGACAAAGCCGGAGAAAUGCAGCAUGGAGAUGAAAGCGAGGCUCAAGGAGACGAGAAGUAUAACCUGAAGACGAAUCAUCAGGACGAUAUCGAGCAGUCUCUCACCAAUGGACAAUUGCGAAAACACCCCGCGCAACGGAUUCAAUACGAGCUCUUUGGAAUGCUCAAGUCUCAGCUGCCACUGUACAUGGUGCCCCAAGUGAUCGAGAUUCUGGAUGGAAUGCCUCUCAACCGAAACGGUAAGAUUGAUCGCCUAGCACUCGUCAAAGGCCUCGAAAGCAGGACCUCAGCACGAGGCCCCAUUCAGCAACCGGCGUCGGAAGCGCAACGACGAAUGCUCCAGGUCUGGGCGCAGGUCUUGAACCUCGAUGCUUGUACAAUUGGCAUCGAUGCCAGCUUCUUCCACCUUGGGGGUAGUUCGAUAUCGGCCAUGAAGGUGGUCGCCGAGGCUCGGAGGAUCGGCAUCAAAGUCAGUGUAGCCGACAUUUUUCGCCAUCCCGUGCUGCGUGAACUGGUCGACCACAGCCACCAGGAGUCCUUGACCGACAAACCAGACGAAGUCAUCGCGCCCUUUUCCCUCUUGUCUGACGAGGGCUCUUUGCAGUCGCUCCUUCACGAGAUAUGUUCCCAGUACGACCUGAGCCAGGCCGGCGGCACCAAGGAUGAUGCAUUCAUACAUGACGCUUAUCCAUGCACUCCGCUGCAAGAAGGUCUCAUGUCCUUGACGUCCGUAAGUCCAGGAUCUUACAUCGGGCAAUACGUGCUACAGUUAUCGCCUAGAGCUUCAGUUGAGAAGCUCUGUGCGGCGUGGGAGCAGGUGGUCCGUCGUUUACCAAUUCUGCGGACCAGGUUGGUACAUCACGACCGCGUUGGCCUUGUUCAGAUAGUGGUAGACGAGCCGGUACGUUGGAUUGAAGCAGGUUGCUUGGACGACUAUCUCAAAUCCGAUAUUGAACAACCCAUGGAUCUGGGCCAGCCACUGACUCGCUACGCCCUGAUCCAAGAUGCCAUGGGAAUCCCCAAGUGGUUUGUCUGGACCAUACACCACGCCCUCUACGAUGGGUGGUCUAUGCCCCUCAUGCUAGACGCGGUGAGAAGGGUGUACCGUGAUGAAGAGCUUCAACAAGGCCCCCAGUUCCAGGCUUUCGUAAAGUACGUCAGGAGCCGGGACGACAAGACGAUGAGGGACUAUUGGCUUGGUGCUCUGGAAGAUUGCCAGUGUGUGCCGUUUCCCAGUCUUCCGCCACACAUGGAGAAGCCCAUGGCCAACGAGUCCGCCGAGUAUUCGUUCCCGCCGCCCCAGAGCAACCGGUUAGGCAUUACUCCUCCCAUCAUGAUACGCGCAGCGUGGGCCUUGCUGGUCGGAAAGACGACUGACACGGAUGAUAUCGUUUUCGGUGCUACGCUCUUUGGCCGAAACACACCGCUUGAAAACAUAGAAAUGAUGACUGGGCCAACCUUUGCGACGGUCCCAGUGCGUAUGAAAUGGAACGAGGCAGACAGGGCCGUCGAGUACCUCGAGGCGGCACAGCGUCAAGCAACAGGAAUGAUGGCAUAUGAGCAAAUUGGCUUGCGCAAACUGGCUGAACUGAGCUCCGGGGCACGGCAAGCCUGCAAGUUCCAGACGCUGCUCGUGAUACAGCCGGAAGACACGAGCGACAACACGGACGAGCUCGGCACGUGGAGGAGCGAACUGGGCCAAGGGGAGAGAUACGAUUCACACGGCCUUAUGCUUAUCGUGCAGCUCGGUGCAGAUACGGUCAGGGUCUCGGCUCACUUCGACUCGAGAAUGAUCGAAGCGUGGAGAGUCAAUAAACUCCUGAACCGCUUGGGAUAUGUGGUGGCCCAGCUAGACGAGGCCAGCGCAGACCUUGUCCUUUCAGAUGUCCAGACCGUGACUCCCGAAGAGCUCACGCAAAUCUGGCACUGGAACCAUAAACUUCCAGAAACGGUUGAGCAAUGCGUCCAUGAGCGGUUCCAGCACAUGGCUCAAACCCAGCCUCAAGCGUGCGCCGUAUGCGCCUGGGACGGAGAGUGGACUUACAGCGAGCUCGACGAAGCAUCGACAGCAGUAGCCCACUAUCUCGUCAGUCUUGGGCUUGAGCCAGAGCAAAUAGUGCCUCUAUGCUUUGAAAAGUCUCGCUGGACGCCGGUUGCGAUGCUCGCCGUCAUGAAGGCCGGAGGCGCAUCCGUGGCCCUGGACGCGACGCAACCGGAGGAGCGGCUUCGUACAAUCGUCCAGCAAACCGAGUCUGCCCUGAUGCUGUGCUCUUGGGUAAACGCAGACCUGGCACGCCGUCUAAGCCGCCAGCAUGUCGUCGAGGUAGACGACAGCCUGCUGGCGAGGCUCAAGUCAUUACCUGGGACCAGUCAACUACCGGCCGUGACGCCAUCCAGCAAGCUCUAUGUUGCCUUCACAUCGGGGAGUACGGGGGUCCCCAAAGGUGCCGUCAUUACUCAUUCCAACUUCAGCUCUGCCAUCCAUCACCUGCGUAGUUGCGGCUCCUGCAGGGUCGAGCCCACUGCCAGAGUAUACGACUUUGCUUCAUAUGCCUUUGAUAUCAGCUGGUUCAACAACUUGCAGUCUCUGGCCAGUGGUGCGUGCCUGUGCAUCCCUUCGGAGUCGGAUCGACGAAAUGACCUGGCGGCAUCUAUUCGACGACUACGGGCUACAUUUGCGAUAUUGACACCGUCGACCGCCAAUCUUCUCCCGCUCGAGACUAUCGGCUUCCUCGAGACGCUCAUGCUCGCGGGAGAGGCUCUGCCAUCGGAGUACGCCAGGAGAUGGGUUGGGCUAACUCAGUUGAAGAACGGCUACGGCCCAUGCGAAUGCACCCCCAUCUCGACUGUCGCGGCCAUCGACGAGGAGAAUGUAGUAGCAUCCGACAUAGGAAGAGGCGUUGGCGUCAACACGUGGAUAGUACACCCGUCAAACCAAAACAGGCUGGUUCCCAUCGGAGAUGUCGGAGAGCUGGUGCUCGAAGGGCCUCUUGUUGGCGGCGGCUAUCUCGGUGAUGCCAAGCAGACGGCCGCAGCCUUCAUCCACGACCCAGACUGGCUUCUUCACGGGGCGCCUGGUCAUUCCGGCCGUCAGGGCCGCCUGUACAAGACGGGCGAUCUAGCACGGUAUAAUUCGCAUGGCGGCCUGGUCUUUGUCGGCCGCAAAGAUUCCAACCAAGUCAAGAUUCGCGGGCAAAGAGUCGAGCUAGGAGACGUAGAGCACCACCUCCAUGCCAGCAUUCCGGCUGCAAGGCAAGUAGCAGCCGAAGUCAUAUUACCUACCGACUCAAAUGGUCAGGGACGGCCCGCGUUGGCAGCGUUUCUUGUAGUCGACGAUCAAACGGCCUCAUCACCAGUUGCUCAAGUCAUGAGCGUAUCGGCCGACGUUGAGCAUGAGCUUGCAAGACGUUUGCCGGCCUACAUGGUUCCCACGGUCUACUUUUCUCUUCGUCAACUCCCGACAAACAGCUCAGGCAAGGUAGAUCGACGUCGUCUACGCGAACUGGGAGCCGGCUUCACGCUCCAGCAACUUGCCCAGCUAAGAAGCGAAUCUGUCGGCGACAAGCGUGCCCCCGCUACCGAGAUGGAAAAGACGCUUCAGAAAAUAUGGUCUCGUGUCCUCGGCAUCGCCGCGGACAAGAUUGGCUGCGACGAUAGUUUCUUCCGCCUUGGCGGCGACUCCAUCACCGCCAUGCAGGCAUCAGCGGCGGCGCGAGGGCUUCAUCUCAACAUUUCAACGGCAGACAUCCUGCGCAGCAAGACGAUUACCUUGCUCGCGGCAGCUGCCGCUUCCUCAAAGCAUCAUCUCAUAGAUAGUGGCGCUGUUGACGCCAAGGGGGAUGAUGGCCAGCCUUUCCAGCUCAGCCCGAUCCAGCAACUGUAUGCGGCAAUGCAGCCGCAUCCGAAUCAAUGUUUUGACCAAACCUUUCAUCUGAAGCUUUGCCGGCCCGUGACCUUUGCAGAAUUGUCACAGGCUGUCCAGGCGAUUGUCACGAGGCAUCCCAUGCUCCGGGCUCGCUUCUUCCAGGUCGGCAAGGACGCAUGGAAGCAACGCGUAGUCGACGAUGCAUGCCAGUCAUUUCACCUUUCUGAAGUCGUUGUCUCCGAUUCCCCCCGCCCAUCAAAAUCUGACGAUAUGCGCCAAUGUCGGGAAAGGCUCGAUAUUGAGAAUGGUCCUAUUCUCGCGGCGGUUCUCUUUGACGAUGCAGAGGGCCAAACCUUAUUCAUCGCCAUCCACCACCUUGUUAUCGACCUUGUUUCGUGGCGGAUUCUACUCGAAGAACUCGAAAGUCUUCUUAUGAGACACGAACUAUCGCCGAGCCCGACAACAAGCUUCCAAACUUGGUGCUCCCUUCAAGCACAGUAUGCCACGAAACAUCUUCAAGAAGAAGUGCAGGGCUCCCUCACUUCACCGUCAUUGUCAUAUUGGCAGAUGGGACUUGGCCAAAAUCUCCACGGGGCGACUGUAACGGACGAGUUCAUUCUGGACGAAGACCACAGCAGCGCGAUUUUAGGCGCCUGCAAUGAGGCCUUUGGCACGCGCCCGGUCGAGUUGAUGAUAGCAGCUCUUGCUUUCUCGUUUUCUUCUGUUUUUACUGACAGGCCCUUGCCUGCGAUAUUCAGCGAAGGGCAUGGCCGAGAGCCCUGGGACGGCCGCAUUGAUCUUUCUCGAACAAUUGGCUGGUUUACUACGAUUUUCCCAGCCUUCGUGGCCGACGGAGCAGCCUUGGACUUGGUGGACACAAUACGUCGGACCAAGGACUCGGUGAGAAGCUUGUCAAAGAAUGGCUGGACCUACUUCACGUCGAGAUUCGCCAACGAGUCCAACGCGGCAGCCAAUGUCGCUGGCUUCCCCGUCGAGGUAUUACUCAACUUUGCUGGCUCCUACCAGCAGCUCGAGCGAUGUGGAAGCCUCUUUGAAAGUGUCUCGGUAACAGAGAACUGCCACCCCGAGUCGUGGUCACAGUUGCGCCGUUUUGCCCUGUUUGAAUUCAACCUCCACGUGGACAAGGGCCGGCUGGCCGUGUCUCUGGAAUAUCCAAACAGCGCACGGCACGGCGACUUGAUCGCAUCUUGGGUGAGAAGCUACAAGGAUGCUUUGGCGAGGUUGGGAAAUCUACUUGAGAACAGAAAGCCCGAGUGGACGCUAUCGGACUUUCCCAUGGCUUUCAAGUCAUAUGCCGACGUGGACGAGUUCCAAUCUGUCGUGCUGUGCCAACUCGGCCUCAAGGACGCACAAGAUAUUGAAGAUAUUUUCCCCUGUACCGGCUUACAAGAGGGUCUUCUUGUCGCCCAACUCAAGUCCUCGAACAACUAUCGAGUUGUGCUCGAUUUCGAGAUCAGAGCCACAGAGGCUCCUGGCGAUUGUAUUGACUUGGUCAGGAUCGAGCGCGCUUGGCAAGCCGUCGUGCGGCGGCACGCGCUGCUGCGUUCAAUUUUGGUCGACGUAGUGCCCGGAAGCAGUAGGACAAUGCACGUCGUCCUCAAAGACCCCAAACCCAGCAUUUCAUUUGAUCAGUGUGUAUCCGAAACAUGCGUAGACCAUGGACUCGCCGGCGGCGGACCUUGCUCCCGGUAUGGAAAAUACGACCUCCAGCACCACUUGUCGAUAUCCAAAGAGGACGAGAAGUUCGCCCGCAUAUGCUUUGAGGUGAAUCAUGUCAUCCUGGAUGGACACUCCACCGGCGUGAUGCUUCGUGAUUUCUGGCAAGCCUACAGUGGUACGCUCUUGCCGGAUGCCCCCUCGUUCGGCGACUUCAUCAGAUACGCCGAAAGGCGACCACGCGAUGCCAAUCAAGCAUUCUGGGCGAAAUACUUGGAAGACGCGAAACCGUGCCUGUUCCCGCGCUCCAAGGGGGCAACAGGGUCAGGGCCGGUAAAAGAAGUGACAGUCACGGUCCCUGGGCUCGACGCAUCCAAGAUACACGACUUCUGUUCCAAAUGGGAAGUCACGACAGCUUCUGUCAUGCAGACCGCAUGGGCUGUGGUGCUACAUCACUUCACGGGCUGCGCGAACCCUUGCUUUGGCAACCUCGCCUCCUGUCGAGACGUGCCCAUCGACAGAUUGGAAGACAUGUUCGGACCCGUCAUUGCCAUGGUCCCAUAUCGCGUACGGCUAGGCGGGAAUCGCUCGGUCAUCGAGACACUGCGGGAAGCACAGAAGGACUUUGUUGACAGCUUGCCCCAUCAGACAUUCUCGCUCAUGGAAAUCCACGAGACUCUUGGAAUAGGCUCGUCUGGGUUGUUCAACACCAUUCUGAGCUUUCAACGACUUUCGCAGCAGCCCACUGCGUCUCCAGACGGACAUACCAUCCGGGAACGAGCCUGUAAUGAUCCAGUAGAGUACCCCAUCUCGUUGAGCAUCGGUGACAGUGAAACCGAGUUGUCGAUCGACAUUGCCUUUAAAGGAGGUUUCAUUUCGGACGCCGAAGCUGGUCGGGUGGCCAAGGCUAUGGGAGCUGCUGUGUCGUCUCUCAUAAGUGAGCCCCAUAAGAAAAUCAGCAACGAGAGCCUCCUUACCCGAGACGACCUGGAGCGGAUAUGGACUUGGAACUCGGCCGUGUCAGGAACAGAAGAAAAUUGCGUCGGGGAAGUCUUAACCACAGGCAAGAGAGCAGGCGUAUUGACGUGGGUGGUUGACCCCAGGAACCAUGACUCUCUGCUGCCGCCUGGCUGCGUUGGGGAACUGCUUCUUGAAGGACCACUUGAUGGUUGCGAUGAUCUCGGCGACAGAUUGAAUGGCGACGCAGCGUACAUCGAGGAUCCAGCGUGGUUACUCAUGGGUGUUCCGGGCAAACAGAAUGGCCGGCACGGCAGACUCUACAAGACGGGCGACUUGGUUCGCUAUGAUCAAGAUGGCAGCCUAGUAUUUUUUGGUCGCAAAGAAGACACCCAGGCCAUGCUUGACGGGCAAUCAAUUGAGUUGGGAGAGAUCGAAUAUUGGGUCCAGAACUACAUGCCCGAGACAGACCAUGUGGCGGCCGAGGUUAUCGAACCUCAGUCCGCGGAUCUGCCCUCGAGACCUCUUCUUGGUGUCUUCGUUCAGUUCAAGGAUCCUAGGCCAGAAUCUUGCCUCGAGCUGCUUCCCAUGACAGCGGAUGUGGAAAGAAGGUUGGCCAAGCAUUUACCAGCCUACAUGGUGCCGUCAUUGUUAUUCUCCCUUCCACAGCUGCCGAUGACAACGACUGGAAACAUCGAUAGGAAACAGUUGCGAGAGAUUGCGGCCCGAUUCACGGUUAUGCAGUUGGAGAACGUUCGAACAGCGAGAUGCGAGCUCAAGCGACAACCAAGGUCCGAGGUGGAAAAGGUGAUGCGAGAUAUCUGGGCCAGGGUGCUCAACGUCAGUGUCGACGUGAUAGGUUUGGACGACAACUUCUUUCGCCUGGGCGGCGACUCCAUCUUGUCCAUGAGACUAGUGAGCGAGGCGCGAGAUUCCCACAUCAACAUGACCGUAGCGGACGUUUUCCACCGCGAAACUCUAGCUGAGCUGGUCAAUGGGCGUCAUGUAAACGGAACUGCAUCCAGCCGAGAACCUGGCCAGGUUGUGCUGGUUGAUGCAGAUACCAAAGAAACCCUUUUGACGGAGAUUGACUCCCUCGGCCUGAACAUCCAUCGUGAAGACAUUGUCGAUAUUCUACCAGCAACCUGUGUCCAAGAAAGGUGUUUUGUCGAGGGUAUCUACCCCGUCAUGUGCGUCAAACAAGACAAGACAGGCGGCGGUACUACAUGUGGACGCUUUGCAAAUUACGUCUAUGUAGAUCUGCACGCCAACCCCGACGUCUCUGCUUUGCACAAAGCUUGCACUCGAACCCUUGACAAGUUUCCUAUUCUUCGCGCGUGCUUCAUGCGGCUUCAAGGGCGGUUCUGGCAAGUCGUGCUCCAUCAAAUCCAGCAUCCUUUGCGCGUACAAGACGUCAGUGAGGAUCUCGACGUGGCCCUCGCAAACUUUUGUCUCGAGGAUGCUCACAAGGCCUCCGCCGCCGAGCCCCCGGUUGCGCUCGUCCUCCUCAGGCACAAGAACCAUGGCGGGCGACUGAUAAUUCGCAUGUCCCAUGCCCAGUACGACGGCGUUUGCCUGCCCACAAUCAUCGAGUCGUUUAUCAAUGCCGACAUAACCACUCCUCCUCCACCAAGCUUUUCUGCGCUGCUGUCGCAUGCCUCCUCCAGACGGUCAAAGUCCAUCGAGUACUGGACAAAACUUCUGCAAGGAUCACGGCCCGGUACUCUGCGGAAACGCGUCUUCCCGCAGAGGGAUGUCCUCGCGCCGCAGCCCGCGGCAAUUUACAUUCGCGCCGAGACAAAUCUCCCUCCCCUUCCGGGGAACACAACUCCAGCUACCCUGGCCAGCGCCGCCUGGGCACUGCUUCUGUCGCGCAUGACCGGGCAACACGACGUUGUCUACGGGCAUUUGGUUGCAGGGCGAAACUCGGCAAUUGCAGGCAUUGACAAGGCGGUAGGGUGCUGCCUCAACUUCAUUCCCGUGCGAGUCGGUUUCCAGUCGACCCCGGCGCCAGCCGAGCUGCUGUCAUUCGUUCAAGAACAGUUCCUUGCCGUCGGGGAGGCCGACUCCCUCGGCUACCGGGACAUCAUCAAGGAAUGCACCGACUGGCCGCCCGGCUCGGCGUUUGAGUCGACCAUCCAACACCAGAAUAUUGACGAGAAUCCGCAGGUUCAGUCUGCGGCCGGCACAUCGCAGGUGCGGUUUUUUGAGAACCCCCAUCUUGUGCCGACAUCAAUACACAUGGUGUCUCAAACUCGGGGCCGCAGGCUAUGCUUUGAGCUCAACAGCAAUACUCACAUCAUGGGCACGGCGACGGCGCAGGCCAUGGUCGACGGACUCGUCUCCAUUGUCGAUGAGUUUAACCCUGUUGGUGGGGGAAACUGCCGUUGA